AUGGUCAUCGCGGAUUUGGACCAGGGCCUCAUGGUCAUCGCGGUUUUAGACCGAAACACCAUGGUUGUCAUGGUGGUCGUAGAUAUAGAGAUCGUAAUGGACCCUAUGGAUUUUGGGACCCCAUUAGCGUCUUCGCCACAACCUACUGCCCCUGCAACACCUGCAGCAGCUACAGCACCCACAGAAACUGCAGCACCUACAGCAGCUGCAGCACCUACAGCACCUACAGAGCCUGCAGCUGCUGCAGCACCUACACCAUCUGCAGCACCUACACCAUCUGCAGCGCCUGCAUCAUCUGCAGCGCCUGCAGCUGAACCUGCGGCUUCUCCAAAGGGUUAA